GAACCAAAGCACAUGCAUUUGGAAAGCUUUUAGUAGCACUUCGCAAGGAAAUUCUCAACUGUAAACAACAACUGCGGGUUCUGUUCUCCGAUCGUGCCUCAAGUACUUAUUAUCUACCAUGGACUACAAGCGCGUGGACUCCCCGCCACCCUAUUCGGAUGACUUCGCCUCCGCUCCUCCGGCAGAGAUGGACCUGAACCAUCCGCCGUCUCGCCAGCUCUAUCCGCCGGUUCCUCAGCCGUCUCAGAUGACCUCGAUGUCACCACCACCACCGGCCCCGGUGAGCGUGAUCCAUCACCAGACCACGGUUUUGGUGGACAAUCCCGGCCAGGGAAUGGUUUGUCCCCAUUGCCAGGCCCGGAUUCGCGUUCGUGUGGAGCACCAUCCUACUGGAAAGACUUACUGCCUGGCUGCGUUCCUGUGCCUUUUCCUUUGCUGGCCCUGCGUCUGCGCCCCUUGCUGCUGCAACUGCUGCUAUAAGACCUCCCAGUUCUGCCCCAACUGUAACGCCUGUUUGGGAUCGUUUUGAAGACGCCAGCGAAAACACUCGCCGAAUUCAUAUCUACAUAUUCACAUUCGUAUAUAACUAAGUAUAUAUAUAUCCUCAUGUGUAGACAUCAACAAGAAGUGCUGCCUUUAUCAUACUAACACUUACCAUUCACACAAGAAAACAUUCUUCAAUCGUCUCUGCUUGCCGAAUGCGAAACUGUAAGAGAGAAUAGAUAAACAAAUAAAGCUUUGCGAAGCGAAUCAAUUUCUGGGAUUCCCAGAAACUGAAUUUUCUUUGUACGAAUUGUUA